UGCGUAGUCUAUAGUCAAAUUGUUUAAUUAAUAAAAAAAUUUUAUAAUAUAAACAUUUAAUUUUGUGAUAAAAAAUGGAAGAAAAAGAAUUUUUAAUAGAAUUUAUUGAUGUUUACAAGUCUUUACCAUCAUUAUGGAAAGUGAAAUCCAAAGACUAUAGCAAUAGAAUGAUAAAAAAUAGAGAUUAUAAUGUUUUAGUUGAAAAACUAAAGGAAAAAUAUCCUGAUGCUACUAAAGAAAUGGCAGUAAAAAAGAUAAACGUCAUGCGUACAUCAUAUCGUCGUGAAUUAAAGAAACAAAGAGCAAGUCUAAAAUCUGGUGCUGGCGCAGACGACGAAUAUGUGCCAACUCUUUGGUACUUUGAUCAUCUCUCGUUUCUUAAUGAUCAGGAAGAGUUCAUUACAGGACGAACUACAAUGGAAGAUGAAAUAGAAAGCGGGGAAUUUGACAUUCCAUCAAAAAGGAGAAAGACUUGUCCAGAAGACAAUUUAAUAAAGUUAGCGUGCGAGAAAUUAAGCAAUAGCAACUGUCAGCAAAAAGAAAAUGACUCUUUGGCGAAAUCGUGGAAUGCUCAGUACCAAGAAAUUAAUGACAAUCAAAAAAUAUUUGCAAGGAAAAUAAUUUCGGAUGUUUUAUUUCACGGUUGCCUAGGAAAGCUGGAGCUAAAUGAUACUAUAAAAAUCCAAAAUAUUUUAAAUAAGAAAAGCGACAGUUUAGAUACAUCAGUACCCAGAAACGUAAUAAAAGUUCCAACACCGUUUAGUAAUGGGUCUUCUACAAGUAGUUUUAGAGCAGUAACACCUCGAAAUAGUGGUUCUUCAAUAUAUGGCAAUAAAAAACCAACUCCAAAAAAAAAUGUAGUAUAUUUCAUACAAAAGGAAACUGCUGAUAACACAACAAAUGACGGUUUUUUUGUAGAGGAUGAAAGUUCACCAAAUUGCUAUGAAGAAAGCAGCAUUCAAAACUACUUCUCAAGUUUCGAAGAAAGUGAUGAAUGAAAUUUAAUGUA